CAUUUCUGUUGUUUACAUCUUUAACUGAAUGUAAUUUUGACAACUGUUUCUUGUCAUGUUAAGUUGUCGAUCUAUAAAUUUCCAUGAAAUAUGAAAUGGUUGGAUAAACCUGGUAGUAUUGAUAUUUACAACUUGAAAACAUGUUUUUAUCAAUACUGAUUUUAAUGAUUAGUGAUUAUGAUCAUUGUCAAUAAAUAGUUUGAUAACAAACCUGUAUUUCAAUCAAUGUCAGUGCAUUGUCCGCCAAUUAUUUGAUUUUUGCGUUUAUGUAUAAUCUCAACUUACAAUAGAAAUUUAUUUCUCUUACAGUAACAAAAAUGGAAUUUUAUACAAAUAUUGAAGAUGGAAAAUUUCAGGAUUUUGAUGCAUUUUCAAGACACUAUAUACUAAUAUAUUUUGUCAUAAAAUGUUUGAAAAUCAUUAUACCAGCACUUAUUGUACUAGUUAUCUUCAGACAAACCAUUACUUGGCAGUUACAGCAAUUUUGGGGUGCUUCGGGUGAUUUUUGGCAAUCAAGGUGGGACAUAAUUUUAGACACAUUAGGAGAAGAUCCUUCCUUAUACUGGGUAUAUGGAACUCUCCUGGAGACAUUUCUUGUAUAUUGGUUAUUUGGAGCAAUCUAUACUAUACUAGAUUUAAUGGACAAACCUGCUGCACUGAAAAGGUACAAGAUUCAACCAGGCACGAAUGAACCUGUUGAUAAGGACAGAUUAAUAAAGGUUAUAUGCUAUGUUUUAUUCAACCAAGUCAUUAUUGGUUUUCCGUUUGCAACUUUUUGCUAUACGAUUAUGAAAUGGCGUGGACCUCCACCACUUCGCACUCUUCCAACAUUUCAUUGGGUGCUAGUAGAGAUGGCUAUAUUUUUAAUUGUUGAAGAGAUAACUUUCUAUUAUUCCCACAGACUCCUGCAUAGCCGAUACCUGUAUAAGCACAUUCAUAAAAUACAUCAUGAGUGGACCGCUCCUGUAGCUGUGACUGCCAUAUAUUGUCACCCUUUGGAGCAUGUAGUGUCCAACUUAGUGCCACCAUUCCUUGGGGUCCUCAUCGCUGGUAGCCAUGUUGCAACUGCUUAUCUCUGGUUCUCUCUUGCUAUAUUAAACACCCUGAAUGCACAUUCUGGUUAUCAUUGGCCAUUCUUUCCGAGUCCAGAAGCACAUGAUUUUCAUCAUUUAAAGUUUAAUCAGUGUUUUGGAGUCCUUGGUGUACUUGAUCGUAUCCAUGGUACAGAUUGUCUCUUCCGGUCGACAAGGAACUACGAUAGGCAUACAACUUUGCUCACAUUUACACCGGCAAGGCAGUUGUAUCCAGACAAAAAUGACUAAGUGGCAUGUUUUUUUGGAAUUAUUUUUUUUAAUAAAAAAUUUUAAGUACAUUAAUCAGAACUAAACCAAUGGUCACAUUUUUCUUCUGCACUAUGGAAAUAUUGGAUAGUUUAUGUGAAGAAUGUUAAAAAGUUUGAGUGGAACCCAAUAACAUUGUUUGCGGUUCCCAUUAAGAGAACAGCUAACCUUGAAAAGGUCAAGCUCAUUUAUACAUGUAUUGUAAAACAUUUGAAAAUAAUUGUUUUAACAAAUGAAUCCAAAAUUGCCUCUAAUUCGAUAAAAAGUCAUGGUUGUUUAACAUAAAACAUGAAUUUUCCUAUUACUUGGUUACUCAAGUUAUAUGAAAAUUGAUUAAAAUGAAAGAUUUACUUGUGAAUGAUUAGCAGUUUUUUGUUUGUUUUUUUAUUUCAACUUAUAUUUUGAUCAAAAAAUAGGUAAUAUUAAGGGAAUGAUAAGCAGAAAGUGGAUUUUCAUGGAUAACACAAAUUGCCUCAUAUAAUAUUGGUACUUUCGUUUGCAUUUUAACUAUGAUAAUGUUAUACUCUUUUUAUUGAGUGUUUUCAUUGUAAAUAUACUUUGACUAACAAAUAUAAACUGUAAACCAUCUAACUUGGUAAUUGUUGUACUCUAGUUUAUAUUUAAUAUGUUGUAAUUGAAAUUCUAAGUGCCUUUUGUAUGACAAUUAAAUCUUGAUUUAGAGAUGAAACAUGAAUACUAUUCAAUGAUUGAUAUAUACAUAGGAUGAUUUUGUAAUUAGUGAAUUAUAUUCAUAUUUUUAUAUGUUUAUAAAAUUGUAAAUAAUAAAAUUUAAGAGAGAUUUUAUUUAAGAAGCUACAUAUCAAAAUGUAUUUUGUCCAUUUUCAUUUUCA